AUGGACGCCGACUCCCUCAAAGCCUCCGACGACAACAAAGCGGAAAUUAUCCACGAGGAAGACCUCGCCGCUGCAGAACUACUCGAUGACUCCAUCGAGAGCACGCAACCGGGAAAGGCCAUUUGGCUGAUCGCAUGCACCGUCUCUAUGGGCGGCUUCCUGUUUGGCUAUGACACCGGCGUCAUCUCUGCCGUCCUAGUCAACCUAGGCACUGACCUUGGUAAACCCCUGAGUUCGAACGAGCAGGAAUUAGUGACGGCCAUCACGUCUGGCGGCGCCCUCAUCGGCGCCGUGCUGGCCGGUCUGACCUCUGACAAAUACGGCCGCAAGCUGGCCGUGUACGUGGGCUGCGCGCUGUUCUUCAUCGGCACCAUCAUCCAGGCCGCUGCGUAUACGCUGGCCCAAAUGACCGUGGGCCGGCUGGUCGUCGGCUUCGGCGUGGGCGAGGCCGCCAUGAUCAUCCCCUUAUACAUCGGGGAGAUGGCGCCGGCACGAUACCGAGGACGGUUGAUCGUCUUCGAUAAUCUGUGCGUCACCUUCGGGCAGCUCAUCUCGUAUGCGCUGGGAGCGGCCUUCACCGAGGUGCCGAAUGGCUGGCGGUAUAUGGUCGGCAUCGGUGCGGUGCCGGCUGUUAUGCUGGCCGCCACGAUGCCCUUGUGUCCCGAGACACCCCGGCAGUUGAUUUCACAUGGCCGCAUCCCGGAGGCGAAGAAAGUGUUGGCGCAGAUCUUCCCACGUGCCACAGAACAGCAGGUGGCAUCGAAGGCGCAUCUGAUUCAGCAUUCUAUCGAGGAGAUCGCGAUCUCGGUGUCUGAUAGAAGCCUGUUGUGGCAGGCUAAGCAACUGUUCACGGUGGGGGUCAACCUGCGGGCCCUGGUCACUGCCUGUUCCAUCAUGGCUGUAUCUCAGCUUGGCGGCUUCAACACCCUCAUGUAUUACUCGGCAACGCUUUUCUCUAUGGUAGGAUUCGACAAACCAACCGCCGUCUCGAUCGUGGUUGGUGCAACCAACUUUCUGUUCGGAUUUCCCAACUUCAUCUUCAUCGACCGAUUUGGCCGACGACGUAUGCUGUUCGUCACUGUCUUGGGAAUGUCCCUCUCCCUCGUCGUAGCCGCUAUAGCCUUCCACUGGAUCCCCGUCAGCCACGACCUGACGGUGGUAGAGACGCGCGAGAUGGGCUGGGCCAACAUCUUGCUCCUAGUGGCACUGAUUGUGUACAUCGCCUUCUACGCGGCGGGCGUGGCCCCCAUCGCCUGGGUGGGUACUGAGUUCCUACCGCUGGAGGUGCGCGCUCUCGGCACGAUGAUGAACACGGUGACGUGCUGGGGCUGCAACAUUAUCAUCUCGUCGACUUUCCUGUCCAUGAUGAAGGCGAUGACGCCUAGCGGGGCGUUCGGGUUCUAUGCUGGCAUCUGCUUCGUGGGGUGGAUCUUCGUCAUCUUCUGCUAUGCUGAGGUGCACAACAUGCCUUUGGAGAGUGUCAGAGAGGUGUACAUGCAUGGCUUCGGGCAGCUACGUUCUCACCCUACUUUGCUAUCUCGAGCUCCUCGCUUCUUGUCUUUCGACUUCGUUCCAAAUCUCCCCUGUGGCUCAUCCAUUCGUUCACAAAUCUACCACAUCCAUUCCAGAGUAAGCGUGACGCCUCUUGUUAUCAGAACACGCCAGACCACAGCUUCUUCUAAUCACCGUCUUUCAGACCACUCAAUCACAAUCCCAACCGAGAUGUCGUUCGAAACUCCUCCGUACGCCCAGGAGGUUCGCAUCGCCACUCUCGCAGUUCACCGCGCCAGCAUCAUCGCCAAGGUCGUGCAGGGCCGCGUUGACAAAGGCUCGCUCGACAAAGAUGAUGCCUCCCCCGUGACGGUCGCGGACUUCGCCGCGCAGGCCAUCCUGAUCAGCACCUUGCAUCACCACUUCCCCGACGACCACUUCAUCGGCGAGGAGACUGCGGACGCGCUGCGCAAGGAUCCCGAGCUGCUCGAGCAGGUGUGGCGGCUGGUGUCUUUGACCAAGGACGCCGAGGUUAGCAAUGUGAAUGGCGGCCUCUAUGAGGUGGCUCAGCAUGUUAAGGACGCCGCUCUGGACACUCCCGACGACAUGCUGCGGAUUAUUGAUCUCGGCGGAAACGGCGAGGGCAUGGAAAAGGGCCGCACUUGGAUCCUGGACCCGAUUGACGGCACUGCGACGUUCAUCCGGGGCCAGCAGUUCGCGGUGUCGGUGGCGCUCGUGGUCGAUGGAGAGCAGCAAGUGGGCGCGGUGGGAUACCCGAAUUUCAAGGACGGGGGAGCCGUUGUGCAUGAGGACUCGAUCGACGAGGACGACUAUGGACUAGUGGUGUACGCUGUCAAGGGCCAGGGCGCAUGGAAGAGGCUGAUGCUGCGCCGAGGCUUGCAGCACCGCGAGAAGCUGACGCAGCCGACGACCGACAAGCUGGUCUUCGUGGAGAGUCUGGCCAGCCCGUACAUCGACCAAGAAAAGCAGACAGUCGUGCGCAACCGGCUGCAGGCCCCGGAGCCUAAUGCGGAUCUCUGGUCCAUGCAGGUCAAGUACGGCGCUCUUAUUGUCGGCGUAUGCAAUGCGAUGGUGCGCAUUCCCAAGCACAAGGAUCAUCGGCCCUGGGCGUGGGAUCAUGCAGGCGGGAUGCUCGUGUAUGAGGAAUCGGGAGGCAAGCUCACCGACCUGCAUGGGCGUCCAUUCCGUUACUGCGGAAGAAAGUUGAUGGACAACGUCGGCUUGGUGGCUGCCCUUCCUGAGGUUCAUGCCCAGGUAUUGGAGGUGGCUCGACAGGUUGCGGAAGAGUGA